CUGGCAAACACAGUAGUUUACCAGCAAAACUGCUGUCGUUCAUAUAAACACUGUUGCAAGGUAGCAGUUUAUCUAGCUUCUCUUUUGACCUAGUAUUUUUUUAUAAACAUCUGUGUCAGCCUUUGCAGCUCGAGACGACCCACACGCGAUCGGCCAGCAUAACUAGGCGCUUGUUAGUUAUGGUAUUUGAAUUUGACGAGGCUGUUUUGACGUUGGAUAGCUAACUAUAUUCGCUGGUUCGAAAUUUCGAAUAGAUCUCACAAAUUUUUUUAAUAUAUGGUUAUAUCACAAGCGUACCUAAUUUUGAUAUUUAAGGCAGACUGUAUGAAGUUAAUUUGUUAACCGGGUAGACGUUAGUUUUUCUUGCCAGCUCGAGUUGCUGUACAUUUUCUGUUCGACUAAUAAAUUAUAACGUCAUUUGUUUGAGAGCCAUCUGCGGAUUGUCAUUUUUACUUUUUCAAGAACAAGGCUUUCUGCCUGAAAUAUUUGUGUUCGUGAUUCCAAAAACAUUGUAGGUAGCUAGCAUUUAGCUUGCUUGCACCCGUAACAGCGAUUGUAACCGCGAGCCAGCAUCAGCCAAGCGAAUUUGACAAAGUAUUUCGUCAAUUAAGUUAUCAAGAGCACUAUCACACACACCGAUAACUGACUUCUGUUGUCGAGAAUUUGCAUCCAUCUCUUGCUUAUUUUCAUUACCGAAAGUGAAGUACCCUGACUAGCCACAGUCAGAAGCAGUUGAGUAGCUAGCUAUCCAAAUUCUGAAUCUGACUCUGUCAUUUUAUCAGUGUUAUUGUUGAAAAUGGCGGCGAUCGAAAUGGUGCAGAUGUUGAUCGAAGCAGCAGAAUACCUUGAUCGCAGAGAAAGAGAAGCUGAACAUGGCUAUGCCUCCAUGUUACCUUUCACCAGCAGCAAAGAGAAGGACAGCUUGAAACGGAAAAAUAAAAGCAAGAAGGACUCCAGUAGCAGAUCCAUACACAACGAGAUGGAGAAGAACAGAAGAGCACACCUACGGCUGUGUUUAGAGCGAUUGAAAUCCCUCGUUCCAUUGGGACCAGACUCCAACAGGCAUACCACCCUCAGCCUGUUGAUGAGAGCCAAGAAACACAUCGGGAGGUUGGAGGAGAGCGAGCGGAGAGCCCAGCAUACCUUAGACCAGCUGCAGAGGGAGCAGAGGCACCUGCAACGACGUCUGGAGCAGCUAGGGGUGGAGAGAACACGUAUGGACAGCACAGGAUCCACCGUCUCCUCCGACAAUCCUGACUCAGACCAGGAGGAGGAGCUGGAUGUGGACGUGGAGGGGACUGACUACCUGCUGGGGGAUCUGGAGUGGAGCACCAGCAGUGUGAGUGACUCUGACGAGAGGGGAAGCCUGCGCAGCAGCUGCAGUGAUGAGGGCUACUCCAGCGCCAGCCUGCGCCUGCAGAACCAAAACACUCAGGAGAACGCCAAGCAUUUGGGCUGCAGCCUAUAAGAGCACAGCCCUCAACCUCUGGCCCAUGUGCAACGGCGUCCCUCUAUCGUCAAGUUAACUCGCGCCCACCAACCAGUCUCUGCCAAUCAGACCUCACUCCCAGCAGGACUGGCCUGUUCUGACCAAGCCCCCUUCUCCUUUCCAGCUGUAUUCCACCUCUUUCCCCCCUGAAACCCCCAAUGCAACACCUCUUAGACAGACACACCCACCGUCCUAUCUCAAUCGUCCAUCGGCCAACCAGAAUGGAGGAUCAGUCUGUGGCACUGCCCAAAUCAGAGUUUUUUUAUGAGUGGGAUUAGGAGGACAAGACACUCCGUCCGUCCCUUUGUGUCCACCAGCCCUCCCCCUUCCUUCUGUCCUUCCUGCUCUGCUGUCUGUUUCAGUGUAAGCCAAGUAGAGGUGACUGACUUUUCACAUAUCCAUGCAGUGUUCCCCUUCCAGCGUCCGAAAACUUAAGACAGCUAGAGAAUGUGAUUACAACACCACACCUACACCCCACUGCCUCUCUCUCUUGUUCAGAAGCCAUCUGAAGCAAUCCAGUCAUGAUGAGAAACCCGCUCGACCCCCAGCUCUAAAUCCCAUUUCGCCCAUUUCUCCCAUGAGACUGGCCUCUCCAUAGGUGGUGGUGGUACAGACAGCAGAGCUGUGCCACCUGACUAACCAGCUGACCAAUCACAGCAUGGUAUUUUGGAACGGAGUAUAGGAAUGGAUGGUCUUGGUCAAAGAGCUGUGGCGUGGUCAUUUUAAACAAUCUACACUGCAGCUAUUGUAGUAAUGUUAUCAGGUGUAGUCUUUCAGUAAGUCUUUAUGGUAAAUAAUUGUCUACCUGCACUGUCCACGUGAAGCCUCACUGGGAGUUCUACGACGCUAAGCACGGCUGUGACGUCAUCCAUGUUCCACAAACUCUUCGUUGUUGUGGUCGGCAGCAAUACAUCCAUCCCUCUCUUCUCUACCAGGUUUAGCGGCCGGAUACAUACCUCCAUGUUUAUGGCUCUUAUGGGGUGGGGGGGUUAUUAAGCUGUCAUUUUGUUUUUGUCCACACCUGCCAUUUCAGAAUUUUUAUGAUUGGGGGGAGUAGAAUUUUUUUUUUUUGAAUAACAAUGUGCAGCAUGAGAUUAAGGGGUGGGGGGAUUGGGGUUAAGGCAACUUGUAUCUUCCUCUCUCUGAUGACGGUGGCGUCUAGCUUGUGUUUUAAUGUACGUGUCUGUGUUGCUGCUGGUCACGCACUGUAGCCAGUGGUAAUCACUUAAAUGUAUCUGAAGGGAAGUCAUACAGACAGACGGUACAUUAACUGUUGAAAUAAACCAGUAAAGAGAUUAAAGCACAUUCCAUGUUAGAUCGAAAGUAACAUAUGUUAGUAGAGGAUUACCUUCGCCCAUAUUUAUGAGGGAGAGCGUUUUGCAGUUUUAAUGCCUGGAAGGAUCUAGCUAUCUGCUUCAGGUUACCCACAAGCAGAACACAACAGAUUUGCAGACUUGCUUUGCCUUUCAGUCAAAACACAGAACAAGGAAGGUCAACGUCUAUUGAAUUAGUUCACCUCUGAAAAGAAAAGAGCAGAAAGGUUACUGUACACUAAAUAUCUGCCUGGCCUAUAGAGCUAUUUAUUAUUUUAGCAAAAUGUAGUCAUGUUUAUGUAAAUAGUUUACACAGAAAGAGCUCUAUGUAUAUUGAAUAAAAAGUAUUUAUAUUAGAUCUAAAUAUAUAGAUAUAUCUAUUUAAUUGGUUGUCGCUUUACUAGUUUUUGUUGUGAGUGUUUCUAUGUAUAGUUGGUUUGCACAGCAUAGUUGAUCCAGAGCUUUUUAGAUCUGUAGUUUGUGCCUAUAGGCUUUUGUGUCCUUUCAAAAUUGGCACGGUGCUCCUAGAAUUGAAAUUGUUUUAUUUGUGGUUCAUUAUAUUUAUCUAUUUAAAAUCUAUCCUCUUUGUCAACAGAUAAAUAAUGCAA